GAAGGAGAGUAAUAGAGAGUUAGGAGAAGGAAACUCAAUGUCGCUGAGGGAACAACGAAACCUCAGAGAGAAAGAGCGACGAACGCGCAUGAAACAUCUCUUCGCUAUACUCUCUUCUCAUGUUUCUCCCACUCAUAGGUUACCGGUGCCUCAACUUAUAGAUCAAGCAACAUCAUACAUGAUCCAAUUGAAAGAAAAGGUAAAUUAUCUGAGGGAGAAGAAAAUGACUUUGCUAGGAGAUGAAGUGAGUAAUCACUAUGAAGGGUCGUUGUCUUUUCUGCCGAAACUCAGUAUUUAUUCGAGGGACUCGACCAUAGAAAUGAAUCUGAUUAUGGAUCUGAACAAGAAAAGAGUAAUGUUACACGAGCUUGUGAGUGUUUUUGAAGAAGAAGGAGCUCAAGUAGUGAAUGCUAAUCUUCAGAACUUGAAUGAUAGGAUGAUCAUUUAUAUAAUCGUAGGUCAGGCUAUAAUAUGUCGGAUCGGCAUUGAUCCAUCAAGGAUAGAAGAGAGAUUAAGGGAUAUCAUAUUUUGAUGAAGCAGUAUCUAAGUCCGAAUGAAUCAUUAGUAUACACUACUACACUAGUACGAGUGCAAUAUUUUAAGUGUAUUUUUCUUUUGAAAUAUACAAGUUCUUUAGUUUUUUUUUAAUGUUAUUUUGAGUUCGACUAUGUAAGCAUGCAUGCGUCAAUGAUUUUUUUUUUUUGAACAUCUGGAUCGAUUAUUAUCGAUUAAUUAUGCUAUUAUAAUGAUGAGAAUAUUACAAAGACGAUUUUACAGCCGACAAUUCUACCACCCUGUGAGAAUACACGUCUGACUGCACCACUCUGAGUC